GGCUGAACGCAACGCAAACGCAAGCAAUCCAAUUCUUCCGCACAGCGACUCCUCGUUGGAUUCCCACCACCUCCUCUCCUCUCCUCUCCUCUCCUUCUUCCUCUUCCCCUGCACUGCACUGCCACUGCAUUAAUCCCCUUCACCGAUUCCUCCUCUCCUCUCCUCCACCUCCACCUCCACCGCACGCACCAAACCGCAGUUUCUCUCUCUCUCCCUUUCGCUGUUCCUGUGUGCCUUGCUUAGCUGCCGCUUUCCUCUCUCCCUCCCUCUCUUUCUUUCUUCCUCUCUCUGCUCAACCUCACAAAAAUUCCCCCCUUUUGCUCUUUCUCUUUCUUUCCUCCCCGAUCGACUUCUUCUUCUUCUUCACCUUCUCCAGUUCUCCUCAUCCGUCUUCGGCGAUCUUUGCCGCUGUGAACAUUUGACAGUUUACAGGUUCCUCCAUUUCAGUUGUUGGAUUAAGAAAGAGGCUUUAUGCUUUAUAAAUAAGUAAGCAUCAUCAUCAAUAUAAGUUGUGGCUGCUCUUAAAGAUCCUCAGAUUCUGUACAAGUUCAGAGCUUCCUCUGUUUGGCAGUGUCAGUACACGUGCUUGCAUAGUUCAUAACUGGGGUGGAGAUAUCUUAGUUUCAUGUUCUUUGUGCUUCUUGGCUCUUACCCAGCUGGUUUAACAUCUGAUGGGCUGCUCACCUUCUAAGGUGUGUUCAUGUCCACAUUAUAAGGGCAGUUUGUGCUUCUGUGACUGUGGAUGCUUUGGACAAACACCUGACUCCCCAAGAGAGUCAAGGGGAAAAUCAAACCGGGUUAGGGGAAAGACAGAUUCUAGUGCUUCAGAUGCUUCUUCUGAUGACCUAGAGGAAGAUGAUGAUGGAUUGCACCAAAUGAACAUUACAAGGGACUCUAAUGUUGGUAUCAAUCGACUCUCAAGGGUCUCAUCACAAUUUCUUCCACCAGAAGGUUCACGUAAAGUUCGAAUCCCAUUGGGGAAUUAUGACCUGAGAUAUUCCUACUUGUCUCAAAGAGGCUACUACCCAGAAUCAUUGGACAAGCCAAACCAAGACAGUUUUUGUAUACAUACUCCAUUUGGAACAAGCCCUGAUGACCAUUUCUUUGGUGUAUUUGAUGGCCAUGGAGAAUAUGGAGCUCAGUGCUCACAAUUUGUAAAGCGAAGACUAUGCGAAAACCUGCUCAGAGAUGACCGGUUCCGUACUGAUGUUGUUCAGGCUCUUCAUUCUGCUUUCUUGGCAACAAAUUCACAGCUUCAUGCAGACAGCUUAGAUGAUUCUAUGAGUGGUACUACUGCAGUCACUGUGCUGGUGAGGGGUAAAACUAUUUACAUUGCGAAUACGGGUGAUUCACGUGCUGUUAUUGCCGAAAAAAGAGGGGAAGAUGUUGUUGCUGUUGACCUGUCCAUAGAUCAAACACCCUACAGGACUGAUGAGCUUGAAAGGGUCAAGGAGUGUGGUGCUAGGGUUAUGACGUUGGAUCAGAUAGAGGGGCUAAAGAACCCAGAUGUACAGUGUUGGGGCACCGAGGAAAGUGAUGACGGUGAUCCUCCAAGGUUGUGGGUGCAAAAUGGCAUGUAUCCAGGAACUGCUUUUACUCGCAGCAUUGGAGAUUCUGUCGCUGAAUCUAUCGGUGUUGUCGCUAAUCCUGAGAUUUUUAUCCUGGAGCUCAAUGCCAACCAUCCAUUCUUUGUUCUUGCUAGUGAUGGAGUUUUUGAGUUUCUUUCUAGUCAAACUGUUGUCGACAUGAUUGCUAAAUACAAGGAUCCUCGUGAUGCGUGCGCUGCAAUUGUUGCUGAAUCCUAUCGCCUCUGGCUACAGUAUGAAACUCGUACAGAUGACAUUACAAUAAUAGUUGUUCAUAUUAACGGGUUAACUGAUAUGGAAUGUACUCAAACUGUAAUGAAAGUAUCUUUACAACCUUCCCAACAAGUCGUAGAAUUGGUAGGCUCAGAAUCACCAUCGACAAUAAGUUUGAAUCCCAAGAACCAGCGUUCCAGGCAAGAUCUAUCACGUGCUCGGCUGAGAGCACUUGAAAGUUCCCUGGAAAAUGGUCGACUAUGGGUCCCUCCAUCCCCAUCGCAUCGGAAGACAUGGGAAGAGCAAGCACAUAUUGAGCGAAUACUACACGACCAUUUCCUCUUCAGGAAGCUCACUGACUCACAGUGCCAUGUUUUACUUGAUUGCAUGCAAAGAGUUGAGGUGAAAGCUGGGGAUAUAGUGGUGCAGCAGGGCGGUGAAGGCGAGUGCUUCUAUGUAGUUGGGAGUGGUGAGUUUGAAGUGCUAGCCAUUCAGCAGGAAGAAGAUGGAAAGGAAGUUACAAAGGUUCUACAUCGGUAUACUGCUGACAAACUAUCUUCUUUUGGGGAGCUAGCACUAAUGUAUAAUAAACCACUUCAAGCUUCAGUCCGUGCUGUGACUACUGGAACUUUAUGGGCUCUAAAGCGAGAGGAUUUUCGGGGAAUUCUGAUGUCAGAGUUUUCAAAUAUACCAUCAUUAAAGUUGCUCCGAUCAGUGGAGCUGUUUACGAGAUUGACAAUGCUUCAACUAAGUCAACUUGCUGAUUCUCUUGUUGAAGUAACUUUUGGGGAUGGUCAAAUGAUAGUAGACAAGAAUGAUGAUGCAUCUUCCUUGUAUAUUAUUCAAAGAGGUCGUGUGAAACUUAAAUUGGCUGCAGAUCAGGUAAAUUCAGAUGCCUGGGAUCUUCUUAGUUCUCAAACAAAGGUGGCCCAAUCAAGUCGAGAAGAUGGUAAUUACGUGUUUGAGAUAGAUGAAGGGGGACACUUUGGAGAGUGGGCUCUCUUUGGGGAGACAAUUGCUUUUACUGCUAUGUCAGUUGGUGAUGUGACUUGUUCUACUAUUGCAAAGGAGAAGUUUGACUCAAUUAUUGGGCCCUUGCCAAAAGUUUCCCAGUCUGAUUCCAAGCUCAAAGAUUCCUUGGUUCCUAAAGGGCAUGGUGCAGAUGAUAGUUCCUUCAGGAAGGCGCAGCUAUCUGAUUUGGAAUGGAAAAUGUGCAUAUAUGCCGCUGAUUGCAGUGAGAUUGGUCUUGUCCAACUAAGAGGUUCUGACAAGAUCAAAAGCUUAAAGAGGUUUUACAUCAAGAGAGUAAAAGACCUUCAUAAGGAAAAACACGUAUUUGAUGAGAAGGAUCUCAUGAAAUCUUUGAGCCAAUCAACUUGUGUGCCAGAAGUUCUAUGUACUUGCGCUGAUCAAUCCUACCUAGGAAUACUGCUGAAUUGUUGCCUUUGUUGCUCACUGGCUUCAAUACUUCAUGCACCACUAAAUGAGUCGUCUGCACGAUUCUAUGCAGCCUCUGUCGUCGUAGCGCUAGAAAAUCUCCAUCAGAGGUCCAUUCUUUACAGAGGUGUUUCUGCAGACAUUCUUAUGGUCGACCGAUCAGGGCAUCUUCAACUAGUUGACUUCAGGUUUGCAAAGAAGUUGCAAGGUGAAAGGACUUACACAAUAUGUGGGAUUGCCGACUCUCUAGCUCCAGAGAUAGUUCUUGGUAGGGGCCAUGGAUUUUCUGCUGACUGGUGGGCGCUGGGAGUGUUGAUUUAUUUCAUGCUGCAAUCAGACAUGCCAUUUGGCUCUUGGAGGGAGAGUGAACUGGAACCUUUUGCAAAGAUUGCCAAGGGUCACCUUGUCAUGCCAUCAACAUUCAGCAUCGAAGUUGUUGACCUUAUUACAAAGCUACUCGAGGUAAACGAAAAUGCGCGCCUUGGGGCCAAGGGAGCGGAAUCUGUGAAAAGACACCCCUGGUUUGAUGGCAUUGACUGGAAACAAAUAGCAGAUGGUACUUAUACAGUACCCCAAGAAAUCACCGAUCGUGUCGACAGCUAUGUAGAAACUCUUACAGAGGACUUGACAGCAUCCCCUUCCAUGCCAAGUGAAGAAACAGCUGAUCAGGCUGCUCCAGAAUGGAUCCAGGAUUGGUGAUCUCAGUUGCUGCAUGAACAAAAAGAUGUUUGGGAAAACUUGUUUAGCAUUUCAAAUGAAAAAAAAAACGGGUACAUACAUGAUUACAGCAUGUGAAUUUUUGUCGAAAUGGUGGAUUAUACGUAGCAACAAUUCUGUAUAGAGGAAUCAUCAGCUCAACCUGCAACCAUCUGAUGGAUAUGCUAGCAAAAAUGUGAAAAAUGGUGUUGCAGUAGUUCAAGCAGGAGCCAGAACUGGUCUGCAGGGAGAACUAAUGAUUCCUGUGGUACAUAUGUAUAGACCCUUCUUUCAUUUGUAAAUUUAUUUGUAUUAUUCA